AUUUAUCGUCAAUUAAAAAAAUCAAAGUUGAUUAUUGUAUUAAAAAUGCCUUUGAAGCUCGGUGUCCGACUGAAAAAUAAUCAAUCUGAGCUCGGGACCAAGCUUCCGUUCCCGGGCAAAGGCCACAAAGUCUCCGACUCGCCCCCGACUCCGGACCCACCAACAAUUUCUGUCCCCCUGAGUCCUGAGCCACAGCAGGAUCAACAAAUCCCUUCGCCAGAAAUCCCAGGUCCGGCAGCCCCAUUUGAGGGUUUCGCUAAUCCAGGAACCGCAUUGUGUCCUCCCAAGGAGUCUCCAGCAUCAUCGACUCGCUCCAGCCCUGACAGAUCAGGCAACGGCACCGCGCGCAUUAACAUGACGCCGCCCCCCCUCCCCGCUGAUGAGUGCAUCCCCCUCCUACCCUCGGAAGGAGCGCGUUCGCGACGAUCAAAAAUGCCCCGCUACGAGCCGACCGACUGGGACGAUUCGCUGCCGUACGGCGGCAAGGUAUACUUGGCACGCAAGAAAAAACCUGACUCGUGGCCUUGCAUCGCUCUACAGGUGGCGUUAGUGCUGUUUGCAGUGGGUAUGAUGUACUACGGUUGGUAUCACACUGAGCAUCUCCACUUCCACGCUACAAAACUCUACGGACAUUACGGUCACCCCGUCGCACAAGCCAUGACGGCUGAAAAGUAUCUUCAUGGCAAAGGGGUGGAGAAAAACCAUACGCUCGCGAUGGAGUGGUACAAGAAGGCAGCGCUGCAGGGGCACCCGCAUGCCUCCUAUAACCUGGCGGUGGGGCACUUGCAGGGCAUGGACGUAGGGCUCAAGCCAGGGGAGGUGCACGAGUUGAUCAAGCAUGCGGCAGCCCAGGGCGUUAUUGAAGCUGCUGAUGUGCUGCUCAAAGCCUGCUCCAAGGGACGGUGUGACGACUGAUGUCCGCACAAUGACCAGAAACAUCAUGAUGAUAUGACGAAGGGACGCCCAUCAUCGUCAUAUCGAUCUCGCUGAUCAACACCAUUUAUAAAGAAUGCACAUUUAUAAAGAAUACUCUAAAGAAAUAAGGUUCUCGCAAGAAUAUUUUCACUGGGAACCUUAUUUCUAACGGUUAUUUCCAGGGGAACCUAGGGGAACCUUAAUGAAUACUGUGUUGCGAUUUUUCCGGACCUACAAAAGACCUUUGAUUGUUUGAAUUGCCAAGUUCUAUUGGAUGAUUAGGUGAAUUCCACCGUUAUGGAAUUAGGGGGACUUUCCUCUCACUUUUUCAGUCUUACCUCACGAACAAAGUCGUCGUCGCAUUAAACGAGCUCAAUUCCCCAUUAGGGCCCAUCAAAAUAGGUGUAUCUCAGGGCUUUGUACAAUGGUCUCAAUUCUUUAAUGAUUUUAUUAAUGAUAUUGCCUCAUCUUUUAAUGUGAACUGUAAGCUUUUCGCCGAUGACGCCGUGUUCUAUGUCUAGAAAAACUCGUAUGACGAAGCCCGCGACAAUAUAUCAGAGCUGUCAUUGAAUCUGAUGGCUUCUAUCAAACAAGCUAGUGGCACCUACUGACAAGAAUAAGUUGAUGCUUUUUACUCAUAGACUAAUUUCCGUUUUACGUGACAUCACUUUCAAUGAGACUAUUUUACAAUGGUUAGAUAAAUUCAGGUAUCUUGGGUUAAUCCUCUAUAACAAGAUCUCCUUCAAUAAACACAUUAACCACGUCUGCCAGAGGCUGAGUAAAGCCCAAGUAGUCUUGCGUGCUUUAUUAAAUGUUCUACCUUUCCCUUCGUUAAAUACGCUUUUCUAUGCAAUGUCCUUAUAGGAAGUCGAAAAUUUUAAAACUUGACGAUAUGCUCAAAUUUACACUUUUAAAAUUCAUGAAUAGAGCACUUUUCCAUGAUGAACGUCUUUUUAAAUUUGCCCCCACACACCACCCAACACAUUUUUAUAACACCAAGCAGGGGCGUUCGAUUUAACUUACCACCGGUUCGUUUAGAAAUAGAAAAAACGGCACCGUUUUAAAUUUGGUCAAAUAUUUUAA